UAGGCUUUUAUAGGUGUGUAAAUAAUCUAUAUGAUUGUACGUUAUAAAAAGGUACAGGCUACUAUUGUGGGGUCUGUACAAGCUCCAAAGCUUACACCAGAGAAAAAGUUUCUGUUUCCGUAACCAGGACACAAGUAGUAACCCAACGUCUUCGGGAUCCCCCAGCAAUGGUGGACUGAAGAAGAUACAUGCAGUAUGUGUCCCUUGCCGACACCGUCCGUCAUUCGCUACUGAUCCUGUUCAUUUCCAGCCCAGGGCGCCUACAUCAUCAUUGGCCUUCUGCAAACCACCCUCCAACAGCACACUUGUCAAGCCCGUGAUGUAGAUCUACAUAAUUAAACUAAUCAUAGUAAUGAUGAGUUGGAUAGUAACGAAAGUUUCACCAGGAAAGCAAUUCAGGAAAUCUUUCUUGGCUAGAUCACAAAGGUACGAAUUUCAUUGCGCCCUACGUUUGUAUACUCUGUACUGUUAUUAAUAUUCGGAUAUGUAUCGGUAUGGAUAAAAGCAGAGCGAAUCUGAGUUGACACCUAUUGUCCUUUGAACACUAAUGAUGCAAGAUUACCUUGUGUAGCCUCUUUGAAGGCAUCCUAAUUUCCCUGCGAAAUGGUGGGGGAGGACAGCGACGAGCUGAUCAACAGAGACAGCGACCCUCUACCAAUAGGGUCCGGCACCAUACACUGGUGGCGAUCAGUGGCACCCGCAAAUGGACGGAGAUCUGUCCCGCUGUUCUCGUUCUUCUCGCCAAGACAUCUAACAGCGAGGGUGAAAGUCGCGGCGAUCGUCGCCUUUCUCCAAGCCCUGUUGCUCCAAGGGGUGCUUUCCUUGCCCACCACCCCUCCCAAACUGCAAGGUUACAUCGACCUUGUGCCAGACUCGGAAGUGUGGACCACCCUUGAAAACAAAGGCCGCAACCUGACCUGUUUUCAUUCAUCUUCGGUUACCCUGAACGGAACUCAAUAUCCGAUCGAGAUUACGUUGAUACGGUGGCAUGUCAACGGCACCAUUCUGCUGCCAGGAGUUGGACAAGAAUACUACGUACACGGCGAUAACGUGUCCGACAGCGGACGAUACACGUGUACAGUCAGCUACAAGCUGACUAUUCAGGAUGGAUGGGCAUUAAGCACAUCCGCACAUUUCCACGUCGAUCUUAUCAUCGUCAGCUCAGCGUACGAGUACGAUCAAGUCCUGCGUCCCAUGUUCAGCAAUGCCCAGCUCCAGCCUCCAUAUGGACAUCUCAUGGCCACGUCUGAUGUUCAACUUCUCCAGGCACAGUCCAAGACUUUUGACUGCUCCGCUUCGGCAAGAACCGUGGACCGGAAUAAGACCAUGUAUCGCAUAUUCUACAAGGUUUACCACGACGGAACCUUAUUCUCUACCGGUCCGAAACUCCUUCUAGACCCAGUACAGCUUGCCCACGCUGGAAGCUGGUUAUGUGAAGCGGCCAACGCCUAUGGCUAUACGAGGCACCUGUUCAACGUGACUAUUGUUCCCCGUGCAGUGGGGAACAAUAGCAGCUCACUGGGACCGCAAAAUACCUCUAGCACACUGCCGCCUCCUUCUGACAGUGUAACGAGCAAGGCAGGUAUUUCCCAAACAAUGGCUAGACCAAGUGCAUCGAUGCCAUCACGAUCCUCUCCCUUCUCGACCUUCUACGCUCGAACAGUCGAAUGGGGUCUUCCAACAUCACCCAGCAGCACAGACAUCGGCCUAUGCUGUGGGGCAUUGGUACAAAGAGUAUCAGCAAUCAGCGCACCUUUGUUGAUACUUGCGAUCAUACUUACUCUGCUGCUAGUGUAUUUCCGACGCGCACAACUCCGGCGACGUACGUAUGAUGUAUCAGAUGAAAGUGUGAAGGGAACCAGACGCUCAGCAGAGCCCUCUACGUCCUCCCUUCCCUCUGCAAUGCAACGUUUCCCUGAUGAUAAUGCUGCCGAGUUCACUGUGGCAGCAGGGGAAGUCCAACAUGCUCAACUGGACCAGCUGAAAUCACGUGACUCCUGCAGUAGUUCAAUUAAUGUUGACGGUUGCAACACAUCUAUUACCCAUUCUCCGGAGAUGGAUAAUCCAGGAGCAGUAUACCCGGACAGUGUGGUAGAAGACAGCACAGCACUGGAUCUCAACUUAAAAUCACCUCCUGAUGAGGGAGCACCAAUCAGUGACAGUGGAGAAAGAUCAGAUGUCAGCCACGAUGACACUGCAGUGGAAACGAAAUCCCAGCAUGUAUCCCGCGUGAACAGUGACGCCCGCGGGCGGUCAACUCUUCCACUGUUGCCUGGACGACGCGUGUCCAAUGGGAGUUGCACGGGUGCCGCGAGCGUCGUCACCAAAGGCAGAUUUUCAGGUAAAAGUACUGCCGUGUGACGGCGCAGGAUGAAGAUCUAUGGAGUAAUACUAUCGCAGAUAUUCUGUGUAGAAUGUGGAACUUUGCUAGCGAGCCAAUAUUUGACAUGAUGAAUGAGGAAAGAAUAUAAGUGAAUACUGCUGAUACCCCGUUGUGUUGCAUUGUUGGCUCGCUACAUCACAUACCCGCGUGUUGUCAUUUAUGAAGCAUGGGUAUUUUAUAAUUAUUAUGGUUGCAUAAUGCUUUUGGUGUAUUCUAGAUACACCCUUCGUAGGGUGUAAUUCGUCCCUUUACAGGGACUUAAUCCGACUGAUUAGUCGGACUCUUUUUAAUAGCAUUUGCCUAUGUAGUAUUUGGGUAUACAUAAAAGAUACCUACUAAGCUGCUCCAUACUAUGUAUAUCAAUACAGAUAUGCACAUAUAGAUUGAGCAAAGAUUGAAUAUUUAGAUGUACUACAAGAUAACUACCAUGUGCUUGUCAUCUAUUAUGCUCUACUUCUAUCAAACAGCCAAGCUGGUAGCAUAGCUUUUCUUCCCUACGCUAAAGGGACAUUUUCUCAAGGGAGGCAUUCUUUUCUUUCGGACCCUCGGUAUAAAGUGACAGAGUCGCUGUCCAGUGGUGUAACUGGGUAUUACAAUUAUUUUUGUUUACCUGUAUUGACCGUGUGUGGUAGAAACGCGGUGUUUGCAGUGUAACUUAGUAAGAGCAUGUCUAAUUGGAACAAUCAUUAUUAUCCUUUUUCCCUUUACUUUUUAUAACGUUCCUUUCUGCAAAACUGUUCUGCUGAGGUUCAGCGCAACUGUUAUUUCCAAAUUCCUUUCUGCAACUUGUACAUUUCACCUCGGCCUCUUUUCAGCAUUGGUUUGUUUUCAAAAUUAUUCGACAAUAUCAAAAAUUGUACUCAGAUGGAGAGCCAAUAGUCCUAGGGCCCAUUUGAAAUUUCUCACUUUUACUUGGCACAUGUUUGCUAACAUGGAUUUUAUGAUCAUUCCUGGAUGGUUUUUGCCUCCUGAACACAA